AUGUAUUAGUCAAUUGAAAAUAAAAUAGAAGGGGAAACAAUUUUAAUUUAUUAUUCUAUCAGACUUACGACAAACAUCUUAGUUGUCUCCUAAUAUGAAAUCUAUAAGAAUAAACUCAUAGGCGAAGGUUAAUAUGGGAGGGUUUAUGUAUGCAAAGAUACAUGCAACCCAAAUUUAAAAUUAUGCGCAAAGGUCAUUAAUUUAUAGAUUAGAGAUUAUUGAAGAUAAAAUAUAAGACCCGAAAACUGGUAGAGAAAUGGAACUUAUGUAGAUGAUUAUGGAACAGGGAAGGAAUAAUAAACACACUGUAGGAGUCUAUCAUGUAGAUGUGUAUAAAUCAAGAAUUAUAUUAAUUUUGGAAAUAUGUGAAUGCGAUUUGCAAAUGAAGUUCAAGGAAAGAAGGUUAAAUGAUAAAUACAAUAGAAACAAACUUAUAUUGAUUAUUGUUUCAAGGAACUAUUUGAUUAGAAAACAAUCAUUUAAUUUCAAAAAUAAAUUAAAUAUUCAAUUAUAUUACAUUCCUGAGGAAGCUAUUAAUAUAUUAAAAUGA